UCCGUAUCUAUUGUGGCGAACAUCUUCGGCUGUAUGUGACGCCGUUGCAAGUGACCGAGUGUAUGGCUUUUGUGUGCGUGUAUGUUUACUUACGUGCGCGCAUGUGGGUAUACGGCAGCAGUGUGCAUAUAGUUGGUGUUUUUGUUGUGGCUACGCAAUUCCAUGUUUGAUGCAUCGCGCAGCUUUGUGGCUGGUCGUGGCUUCCACGGUGGACAAGCAGUGAAUCAUCAUAACAUCGGGUAGUUGAAUUGCACAGCAUCAUCAUCAUUACCGCCGUCUGCACUGUCAAAUAUGUGACCGGAACCGUGUGGAAAACCCGUGCUCGGUUGGCUCGAACCAGGGUCUACGACGUACGCGCUAGAUAGAGCUCGCAUUUAUCGAUUUGUGUCCGCCGGAGUGGACCGGAACGAACCCGGCUGGUAGCGAAAGCGGAAAAGAAAAACCGCCCACCUACGGUAUCGAGUGUGCGUGUGUGUUCAUUGCAAGUGUGUCCUCGCUGGGCUGGUGUUCCUGGUGCAAGAAGAAAAGUCGAGUGCCUGCCGGGGGCUACCGUGGAAAUUAAUUCCUUCAGGGGGGAAGUUGAAACCCCAACUCGUGUGUGUGUGUGUGUGCUUGCUUGCCUGCUGUGUGCCAACCUCUACCUCCGGAUCUUCUUGCAGGAGGCAGCAUUAGGAAGUUCGAGUAAAAAUGACAUCAUUCUUCAACGUCGGUGCCCUCGGGGGUAACCCGUUUUCGACGCCCGUUGGGCAGAAAAUAGAACAAGCGACAGAUGCUAGUCUGGCCUCGGAAAACUGGGCACUAAACAUGGAAAUCUGUGAUAUGAUCAACGAAUCGUCGGACGGUGCCCGGGACGCAAUGAAAGCGAUCCGCAAACGGUUGGCACAGAACGCUGGCAAGAACUAUACCGUCAUCAUGUACACGCUGACCGUGCUGGAGACGUGCGUAAAGAACUGUGGCAAAGCGUUCCACGUGCUGGUUGCAAACAAAGAAUUCAUCCAAGAGCUGGUGAAGCUGAUCGGACCGAAGAACGAUCCGCCGCCGAUCGUGCAGGAGAAGGUGCUGAGCUUGAUCCAGAUCUGGGCCGAUGCGUUCCGCUCGCAACCCGACCUGAACGGUGUGGUUCAGGUGUAUCAGGAGCUAAAGAACAAGGGUAUCGAAUUUCCCGCGACCGAUCUGGACGCGAUCGCACCGAUCUACACACCGCAAAGGAGUGUCCCCGAUGGGGCACCAGCGCCGGAAAACGUUAGCACGCUUCCGGUUUCACCACAUCAUCAUGCGUCGCAGACGCCCGGAUCGCCAGCAAUGCCUCCACCGUCAUCGAUGUCUCAGGAUCAGAUCGCUAAACUACAAUCGGAGCUAGACAUUGUCGCCAUGAACAUGUCCAUUCUCGGCGAGAUGCUAACCGAGCUGAAGCCAGGCCAGGAAGAUGCAGCCGAUUACAAACUGUUAACCGAUCUUACUGCUACAUGCCGGGAAAUGCAAAGCCGAAUCGUCGAUCUGAUCGGCAAGGUACAGCACGACGAACUUACCGCGGAAUUGCUACGAUUGAACGACGAGCUAAACAAUCUGUUUCUGCGACACGCCCGCUACGAGAAAAAUCGCGACCCGAAGAAUGCUUCCAGUGCGACACCAUCCGCCAUCCUUGGUGCGGCUCUCGGGGCGGUCGAAAUGCGCGAUCCAUCGUUGAUCGAUCUGAGCGAGGAGACGGGUGCUAGUGGUGGUGCACAGGCACAGGAGGGUGCACACGCCAACGUUAGCUCACAGCUGGCCGGACUCAGUCUGGCGGCGGCCGGUUCCACCGCGACCGUGUCGUCCCAGCUGGCUCAGCUGACGAGCGUUACCGCGCAGUCCGGUUCGGCGAUGGUGGCGAAAUCGCCCAACAGAACCAGCAAGGGAGGCAACAGCACCACCAACAUUCCACCGGACGUCGUAUCGGACGAGUUCGAUAUGUUCGCCCAAUCGAGAAACACCACCGGUGAUAAAGAACCUGCCAGAUUAGAUCUGUUGGGAGCGACUACGGGCAGCACAGCAUUGGGCACGAGGGAAUCGGAAUUUGACGAGAUUGAACAGUGGCUGGGCAAUCCGGACGACAUUGACCAGCUCGAGGCGCAAAUGGCAGCGGUCGGAGCGAUGGGAGGCGAUGGUCCCGGUGCCGGUGCCGCCGGUACGGAGGAAAGCUUAACGAGCAAGGAGUUUGAAAAGUUUCUCGCGGAACGGGCGGCCGUCGCCGAAACCCUGCCGACGAUCAGCAGCACCAGUAGCAGUAACAGCCCAGCAACGACGGCCAAAGAUCGCAAGAAAAAGUCCGACGAAACCGAUGGUCUGCUAGCGCUGUGAAGUGUGGGAGGGGUGUGUAAGCAAAAGCACCCCCAGCAAGGGGGUUGUUUUCUUUUACCCUUUUUUUUAUUCUGUAAAAUGUUGGUCUAAUGUUUCAACAUAGGUCUUUUUUUUAGUUUUGUAAUCCCCUCUUGUAAGUGGUACUAGUUUUUGUUUUUGGUUUGCUAAGCCUCAUUAGUAUUCCUUCGGGUAGAGAGCACUUUGGAAAGCGGCGCAGAAGUGAGCAGAUAGAGCAGAAGAAAAUAUUUAACAACAAUCUAUAAAAACAAAAGAAGCCAAAAGCUGACCUGAUUGGACGCGGUAUAGCAAUGUUUUGUUUUUUGUUUUUGUUUUAAAUCUUUUAAAGCCUUUUGUUUAAUCGCAAUUAUUUCUUGCGAUUGUGAGCCAUAUUAUAGAUACAAAACAAAUAUUUAGAGCUACACGGGGAAUAAGAAAAAAGAAAAGGAAGUGGAACAGUGCGUUAUGGGGCAAAAAGAAACAAAAAAAAACACGAAACAAAGACGCAUCGUAGAGAAGGAGAAAUAUAUUUAAUUGUGAGCUAGUUGUAUUUAUUAAGGUAUACAAAAAAUCCCCCCAUUCUGUUCGUUCCGUAAAGGAGAGUGGGAAAGAAAGAAAGGAAUGUGUUGUGAAGGAUUGUAUAAAAAAAAAAACAAAAACCAAUCACUGCUAGCGGAGGACGUUUGUAAAUCGGCUAAGGGAAUGGGGCAAAACAUCGGUAGAAUCACACUCCUGAUUUGUUUCGUAACUCUUCCCAUAUUCUAUUUAACGGCAGCGCGUGUGAAUCAAUGUUGUUGUUAGCUUUUUUUGUGUUUGUGUUUUGUUUUUUUUUUGUUCCCAUCAGUAAAUUACCAAUGCAAAACGCAGAUGAGGCAUUAAAUCCACCCACCUAAAUGGCGAAACGCGCGUUGAAUGAGUUGUUACGAGAAAGGGUGAUGAAACACACUGUUAAAAUCAAUCAAAGUGGUGGUGCGCUCGGUACCGACAAGGAACUUAAUAAUAUUCAACCGUAAGGACCAGAGGCUUUAAGCGGAAAAGGGUAAAUACAAACCGGAGCUCGCUUUUCGAUGGACGUGCAGCAAAACCUACUUAUGUUUCAGUUUGUUGUGCACUUUUGCGGAAUGUACGCGUACACACGUACACAGGUUUACUUCUUCUUUCCUAAAUGCUAAAACGAAAACAAAACAUAAUAUUGUCCAAAUAAAGUAUGCAAGCAACUUCAAACUAGAA